GCAAGACAGUGCCUGGAAGAGGGAAGCAGCCGACGGGUCGGAAGUGCAGCAGCCACUUGGAUAUAUUAGAACACUGGAACGAAUCUGGCACAGAUCUCUCUCCCCGAUUUGUCUCUCAAUACCAAGGACUUUCAAUCGAGGACUCAAUCCAACAGACAAUUCCAGGUGUGAACAUCCUGCAUUUUUCCAGCAUCCAGAGCUUAGUCAUGAAGAGUAAAAAUAAGGAUGAGACCAGCGACACGGACAGCGGGAUCAUAGUGCAGUCGGGACCAGACAGCCCCAUGUCUCCAAUGAAGGACCUGACCCAAGCCAUGAGGAAGCAGCAGAAGGCGCUGGAGGAGCGGUUGGAGGCCUGUGUACAGGAGCUGAGAAGGCUGUGUUUGCGCGAGGCGGAACUGACAGGAAUGCUUCCCACAGAGUAUCCACUGAAGCCAGGAGAGAAGCCUCCAAAAGUUCGCCGUCGAAUUGGUGCUGCUUUCAAAUUGGAUGAAAAGGCCAUUCUCUCAAGAGGAGCGGAUCCUCUGAGCACAUUGGAGAGAGACCUGGCCCUGCAGCUGCAGUUUGCCGAAGCUGCCCGGUGUCUCUCCCGGGAAGAGAAUCUCACCAAGCAGGUUCGGAAGCACCGGAAGAGUGCCGUGCUGAAGGAGGAAAAGAAGCUGAAGGAUUUAGAGCAAGCCCUCCACGAGUAUCACCUAGCAGCCAGGCAAUCGUCGCAACACAGGGCCAGUGCUCCAGCCUUAGAAGUGUUCUCUACCUCUGAUGAGACAUCUCUGUCAGAUGCUGCUGUGGCAGAAGAAGAACCCCAGGUGCUGGACCCUCAUCUUCCAUCAAAGCUCGCGACCUCAACUCACCUUCAGUCCCCCCACAGUUCUUCAGCUCUUCCUCCCCAUUCUCCCUUGCUAGAAGGACAGGCCCACUAUCAAGCCCUCAGUGUGGAGUCCUCACCCAUCCAGAACAGCCCCUGGAAAGAGACCAGUCUGGAUAAACCCUACGAGAAGCCUAAGAAAUCCUUCGAUGCCAGCAGCGUGCCAAGCAGUCCAGGCGUGAUGUCCCAACCUGUGCCCAGCCCUACCACUCAGAGGGUGGUUGAGACACCUUCAUGCCAUCUUGUUCCCACUAGGAGACAGGCUGGUUCUAGUGCUCCACCAACCCCAGAGUUCCUGGGAAGGAGAGGACAAUCUCAGCUCGUAAGGGUGUGUUCGUCUAGGGAAGGUUUGGAGUCUCGAGGAAGAAGUGCUUUGCCAAGGCGCCGCCCCACCUACUACACUGUCACUGUUCCUGAGUACUGCUUCUCUGUGCCCAAGUCCAACCCAGUCGUCAAACCCACCUUUCACUCUGCUUCUGAAGAUAGCAACUCAGACAUCUCCAGCGUCUCCUACACUACAUCUGCUGGCAGCAGCAGCCCUGACAUCUCCUUCCUGAAGCCAGCGCCCUCAACGCCCAGGGUGGACACCUUGCAGCCAUUCCAGAGCCAGGCCUGCAAGGGACAGGAAGCAGAAUACCACUGCCAGUGUGCUCAGAAGCUGCUGCUGCCUCCAGGCUUCUUCUGUGCCACAGAGUAUGUGGCUGACAGCCACCUGCCUGCGGGGAGGGAGCUCUGCCACAGCCGUCCACCUUUUCUGUCUGGCAGCUCUGCCCACUUCACCUACAAGGAAGAAGUGCCGGUUAGAUUCCACCGGUCAGUGGUUUCUCACAGCAGGGUGGUGCGUACGCCCUCCCUGAAGGACUGUCUCCCGAUGGGCCCCCGAACCCUCUCCAAGGCAGCGGUGACAGAAGAGCUGAAGUCAUGGCAUGAAAGGACCCGGCUGCGCAAUGCAAGGCCGCAUUCCCUUGACCGGCAGGGGGCCUUCCGCAUGCGCAGCGGGCCAGGCAGAGAGCUGCGCUCGACAUACUCCAUGGGGCAGCAAGUUCAGGUACCUUGUAUACAUAUCCUGAAACGCUCUCCUGAAGGAGCCCCUGUGCAAGUCUAUGUGCCAGAAAAUGGAGAAAUCGUUACUCAGGUCUAGAGGCCACCGAAUCGAUCUAUCCACCUCGCAGAAUUUGCG